GCUUAUUUGACUGAUAAGCAUAUCCACGUGAAUUAGAGAAAAAUGGGUCAGUCUUUAAACACAGGCCACCAGACCCGCUCGGUCUCCAGCCGUCCCUACUACAGCUUGCCCAACAGCAGCCAUGAGCGCCGCUCAGUGCUCACCGUCACGGAGCCGCUGCGCUUCCACUCCCACGCCAAGGGCAAAAACGUGCGGCUGGACGCCCAUUCCCGACGGGCCACGCGGAGGAACAGCUUCUGUAACGGGCUCACCUUCACCAACCGGCCCAUCCACGUCUACGAGAAGGUGCGGCUGAAGCUGGUGGCUGUGCACCAUGGCUGGAGCGGGGCCCUGCGCUUCGGCUUCACCAUCCACGACCCGUCGCAGAUGAGCUCUGACGACAUACCAAAGUACGCCUGCCCGGACCUGGUGACCCGGCCCGGCUACUGGGCCAAAGCCCUGCCAGAAAGGUUUGCUGUCAGGGACAAUGUCUUGGCCUUCUGGGUUGACCGUCACGGGAGAGUCUUCUACAGUAUUAAUGACGAGGAGCCGAUAUUGUUUCACUGUGGUAUUAAAGUCUCCGGUCCUCUCUGGGCACUCAUAGAUGUCUAUGGAAUUACCCACGAAGUGCAAAUACUAGAUAGCAUGUUUGCAGAGACCACUGCACGUCUCAACACCGCCCGUCUCAGCUCUUGCCUUCCCCAGAGCAACCACGACUCGGCCAACUUCAAUAACAACGAACUGGAGAAUAAUCAAGUGGUGGCCAAAAUAGCAAACCUAAACCUGAGCCGGGUGCCGGGACUUGUGACAGACAACCACAUCAUCCCCUGCUGCCCCAACCGGCGGCUGCGUGUGCAGGGGGUCCCGGCCUUCCUGGACACAGACCUGCGAUUUCACCCCACCCAUGGACCUGACAUCACCUUUUCCCAGGACCGGAUGGUCGCCUGCACCAACUGGCAAGAGAGCAAUAGGACUUUGGUGUUUUCUGACCGCCCUUUGCACGUCGGCGAGAGCCUGUUUGUGGAAGUGGGACACCUUGGCUUGCCAUACUACGGGGCCCUCUCGUUUGGCAUCACUUCUUGUGAUCCGAGUACUUUAAGGACAAACGAGCUCCCAGCAGAUCCGGACUCUCUCCUGGACCGCAAAGAGUACUGGGUGGUGUUCCGGGCCUUCCCGGUCUUCAGCGGAGGUGACAUCCUCAAUUUCACGGUCUUGCCAAACGGCGAGGUGCACCAUGGGGUGAAUGGAGCAAGCCGCGGCAUGCUGAUGUGCGUGGAUACCUCGCAGUCUCUCUGGGUGUUUUUUACAAUCCAUGGUGUAAUCAACCAGCUCAAAAUACUGGGCACUGUGCAGUCCAGCCCAGUGACCGUCUCACCCUCAGGGUCCCCCGGUGGCUCACAGUACGACAGCGACUCUGACAUGGCCUUCAGUGUCAACAGGUCAUCGUCUGCCUCGGAGUCUUCGCUUGUGACUGCUCCCAGCUCUCCCCUGAGCCCCCCCGUCUCUCCCGUCUUCCCCCCUCCGGAGCCAUCCAGCAGCAAGAACGGGGAAUGCACCGUCUGCUUUGACAGCGAGGUGGACACGGUGAUCUAUACCUGUGGACACAUGUGCCUCUGCAACACCUGUGGUCUUAAGCUGAAGAAGCAGCUCAACGCCUGCUGCCCCAUCUGCCGACGGGUCAUCAAAGAUGUUAUUAAGAUUUACCGCCCGUAGCGCCCGGCUUGGGCUUGGGAAGGGAGACCGCCGCUAGCAGUAACCAUGCCUUUCCGUCCCUGCUUAUGGGUUAUCGUGCUGGUCAGUUGUAAUCAAGUGGCUCGUUAUCUGUGUUUCCUUAUUUGAUUGGUAGGGCAUAAUUCAGGGAUCAAAUUGAGAUAAGGAUCACAUGGGGCAGUGCUGCUGGGCUGUGUGCCCACAGAGUGAAUUGCGGUAGGAAUCCGACCCAGCUGCAGAUGGGAAAUUCCCUGUGCCAAGCUUUUUUAUCCUCCAGAGGAUGAGGCUGAUGUGAUGUGGGUUGGGAGGGAAUGCCGCUGUUCGCUGGGUGCUGCUGGAUUGCCCAGCCCCAGAGCUCAGACAACUCUGUGCUGCUGGUGCUGUGGUGGAGCAAAAUUAGAAUGUGGCCGAGUGGGAGGGUUUGGAGUGGACAAAAUUGAUAUGAAAAUUUAAUACCCAUCCAUUUAAGGGGAGCAAGCAAAGGCCAAAAUAGUAGCACAACUAGACUGUCAUUUGUUUGGGUUUUGAGCAGGCUGCUGGGGCAUGUGGAGGAGCUGCUUCCUUUGGCUUGGCUGCAGCAGCUCUUGCUUUUUUUGGUGGAACAGGGCCCAGGUUUUGCUCUGCUCCUCCCACCAUGGGGCAAUUGCGGUCUCAUAGGGACCUGCUUGGCUCAUGUCUCUUAUCCUUCCCCAGUCCCUGUGGGCUCACCUUCUUUCUGGGCACUGUGCCAUUUUUCUUCUGCCUCUCUGGAUUUCCCAGCACAGCUCCCACUGCCCACACACUGGCUGCCAGGAGAGGCUUCAGCCACAGGCAAGAACUCAUUGGGAUGAAUAGGGAUCAAACUUGGCUUUGCAGGGGAGGUGGAAGGAAAGGCUCUGAGGCUAUUAUUAGACUUAAAAGGUAAAUGGAUUUCAGCUGUGGUGUUAGACAGCCAUGAGCAGCAGCAAUCUAGAGGAGGAGGGAAGUGUAUGGGCAGGCAGUGGGUCUGUGCAGGGCUUGGUGUCCUCCCUGAUGCUCCCACAGGAGCUCCCCUAUCCUUUGUCCCCCUGCAGGCUUCCUCCCACACAAGACUCAGGCCUGGCUGCAUUUCAUGAUGCAAACCAGAGGCUGAAAGAGGGGCUGAUGUCAUUCUAGCUCAAUGAUUGUGUGCCACCAAGUGAGUAAGAAAGGUGCAGUUACCACAUUUCAAUCCAAAAAUGGAGAAAAGCAACCCAUGUGCUGCAGGGCCGCUGAGUGCAGAGGGAUGCUCCUGUCCCUCCAUGCCAUGGGUGUGCUGCUGACUCUCUGCUGCUACUGCUGUUGGUGGCCUGGCCAUGCUGCCCAGCGGGGGCUUGGGGCUGCUCUCUCUCCCCCUGGGGGCAGUGAGCUGUCCUACAUACACCCAACAGGCAGGGCAUAGAGAAAACUUUUUUUUGUUUUAAAACUUAAAGAGCUAAUGAGCAUUUCAAUUAAGUGUAUAGAUGAGAGGCUGCUUUAAAAUGGGAUUUCUCAGCCACUGUCCUGCUUCAUCGACACGAGUGCCUGCUGGUAUUGCAGAGCCCUUUUGGGAAACGUGGCUCAUCCCUGCCUGUACAGCACCACCGUUGCAUAAUCAAGAGGCCAAGGUGUUUUCCAGUAGCUGAAGUGUUGCAGUGAUGACCUCAAGGCUGCCUGCCUGCACAGUUGGGGCUGUUGGGUGACACCUGGCCAGGUGGGCUGCCCUGUGCCCUUGCUGUGCAUGGGCUGCAGGGGGAACUCUUAGCAGGAGGAGGAGCUCAAGGAAAGCUGAAUUCACAGCAAAUGAUGCUGGCUGGGAUCACACUGGACUAACAGAUGCCACUGGCUGUCCCCACACUCCCUGUUGCAGGGACUGCCUGCUCUGUUUGGAGCUGGCAUUCAGCUGCAAUGAUGCAUGUAGCCCAUUUGCUUGGCUGGCACCUCAGGUCCUCAACAAGCAGGGCUGACUGCACACCUGGUUCAUUUUUUGGUGCAGCUCUUAUAUUUUAAGCCAGCAAGGAGAAAUGGCAAAAAUUACCAGCUGAGCAGGUUGCAGAGGGGUGGUUUUUGCUGCUGCAGCUGCAAUUGAUUUCCAGGAGGGCACCACCAGCAAGCAGUGAGCCGCUGGGGGGAAUGAGUAGAGCCAGCACCCAGCACAGGGGGUAACAGGCAGCAGUGGGGGCUUUCCCUGCCAGAGAGCAACAGGGAUUUUUUGAAAACAGUGGCAGAGGCCCCUCAAAGAGUUGCAGGAAAAGGCAGCCUUUAACAGAUUUAAUCGUUAGUACUCGUAUUGCUAUUUUUUUUAAACAGUCCGAUGAUACAUGAUUUGUACAGAAGAGCUGUUUGUGCCUUAUCAGGGUGUCUGUGCACUUUUUAUCCUUUUUAAAAACAACUUUUAAAAUAAAACGGGGAGAACAUAACACAGAUCAAUGGUAGUGUUGUAGAGUUUUGUGUUCACCAAGAAGCCUGCUUUGUAUUUAUAUAUAUAUAUAUGUGUGUGUAUGAAGUUACAUAUAUAUACAUAUAUAUAUAUAGUAGCAAAAUAGUGUUAAUUUCCAUUGAUAUUUUUUUUCCCUCUGCUCCUAUUGAGUUCAUUUUCUUUCUUAGAAAGAGGAAGAGAGGGGGAAAAAACAGCAGAGUGAGGGGAACCCCUUUCCUUUCCCCUUCUGAGGCAGUUACUCUUGCUUCCUUUAUGAUUCAGUCCUGUGAUCUGCACAACAUGCUGAAGCUGACUCAGAUGUUGGACCUCUGCAUUGAGCUUCUCAAGCAACUCAU